AUGGACGACGUUGACAUUGAUAUUGAAGGUGAAGAAACUCGCCCACCAACACGAGGUGCUUCCGAUACAUCAACUCAUAAAGGGUUAGAGGACAAUAGUGAUUCAUUAUACUUCGAUAAAGCACAGAGUGUUGUGUAUCCAGAACCUGAAUGGCUUACUUCUGACCAUCUACUCGAGUCAGGAGCGUUGGAUACACCAGAAAUGGACCCACAGUCCAAAGCACUUAUUGAAAGCAUGUUUGCUGAAGAGGAGCACUAUUUUGGUCAUGCCAGCUAUGUUGGAGAUCCGUUGGCUUAUACAGAAAAUAUUCACUCUGCUAAUAAAUACGAGCCAAUGCGAACAAAAUCAGAAACAGCUGGAUCUAAAUCCAAUCUAGAGAUUAAAAGGAAAAGAACUGCAGAUACUGCUAAAUCCAUUCCAAAUCGGUCAAAGUGGUCUGAGCGGGAGAAUACUCGACUGGUUGCAGCAAUUGAAAAACACGGAUAUGGCUCGUGGAGAAAGGUUGCAGAUAGUCUUGGAAAUAGGACUUCCAAACAAGUUGCUGUUCAUACACGAUAUCUUCUCAUUCAUGGUGUUCAAAUUCCUGGUGCACCAGCAGCAAAAAUUCCACAAGCAGAUAUCAAACCAGUGAACACUGUAUGUUCCGAAACCUCCAUCAAACUUGAAAAUACCAAAACUCCUGAUAUUGAUGAAGAUAUCGAUGUAGAUAUUACUGACGGAUCAGAUGUAGAAGUAUACUCAAAAGUUCUUUUAAAAGACCCUUUUGGAAAUGUAUCCGACUCUUGCAAUUCAGAUAUAAACUCCAGCACAAGUUUAGGUUGUGAGUCAGAUUCUGCUACUGAAAAAUCAGAUUCAUCUUUUGCAUUUACGGCACAGGAAGAUGCUACUGGAUCACCAAACUAUGUCACAGAUGCUCAAGAUAAAAAUAACGUUGUUUCAAACCGAGCAGCAUCACACAUGACAUCUCAAGUAAACACCGAAUCUAAACCUGCUGAAAUUUUGAAUUCAGACAUACCCAAAGUCUCGCUUACUGAGGAUAUGACGAUCAAGACAGAAAAUGAACCGGUACUUUCCGUUGCAGCAUCUUUCACAAAAGACUCUACUUGCAAAAUAGAGCAAACUCCAUCUGAAUCGCAGUACACAAACCCCAUGGAACAGACCCCUAUAUAUGAGAGAAUAGCAGAAUCUCACUCUGUCUUGUCUAAAAUCAAGGAAAACAAUACUGCUGAUACGACCAAUCAAGAUCAAAAAACCAACAAUGCCAAAAAAGUGAAUGAGGAUAGUCAUGAUGAGGAAUCAGAUGACGAUUUGGAGCAAUGUCACUAUCUAGUUGGAGAUUCUCGCCAAGAAGACUUUUCCAUUGAUCCGUCUAUUAUCAAACCUUUUGAAAUGGAGUUUUGUCCAGAGUGGUUUUUGGGUGAGUAUACGGGAAAACGGAUCAACAAGACACCAUCAAGAUAUCAAAAAAUUCGAAAUCAUAUUCUGGACCUGUGGGCAAAGAUGCGACCUAUAAGUGUUAGUAAAUCCAGAAUUCGUCCUGGUCUCAAGGGUCAAGGUGAUGUGAAUGCCCUCAGUCGGGUUCAUUCAUUUCUUCAAAGUAUUGGUGCCAUCAAUGUUGACUGUCAAAAACCUCAGCUCAAGACAAAACGAUCAGUAGCGGCACGCACUGCAAAGCCUAAAUCCAAUCUAUUAAAAAAUAUAUAUGGUGGAGGCGAAAUCAGUGCUGUAUACGAAGGAACAAACAAUAUACCCACGGAUACCAAUGGCCGACGGCGACGAAAAGUGAGAACACCUAAUGGAAAUUGGGUAUGGGAAUUAGAAGGAUCCACAAUUGAGCAUAUAGAUCCCGAAAAGGAGGAGCAACGAAAGUUAUUACAAAAGAAUGCCAAAUACUUUGUAGAUCAACAGUGCAAUACUAAGCGCCUCAAGACAAACAAAUCAGUGGUUACAGACAUCAUGGGUAAAUAUGAUCCGUUCAAGCUAAUUCCACUGCAGCGAUAUCUAGACAACACUCCACAUGCAUUGCACGUCAAGGUUCAUUCGAAUACCUUGAUUAUUAUAGAUUUUCAUUCACAUCUAGCACAUACAGAAAUCAUUGGGUUGAUUGGUGGAACAUUUGAUCCAGUAAAAAAAGAAUUGAAUCUACUGCAAGUUUAUCCGUGUAAUUCAUUGAGCACUGGUGUGCAGUGUGAGAUGGAUCCAGUAUCUGAAAUGCAAGCAAGAGACCAUUUUAACGCACUUGGGUUGAAUGUAGUUGGUUGGUAUCACUCACAUCCUACGUUUGAGCCCAAUCCAUCUAUUCGUGAUAUUGAAAAUCAAGCCAACUAUCAGAAACUGUUUUGUCGCGAAGAUGGCAUGGAGCCGUUUGUUGGUGUGAUUGUCAGUCCUUUUGACAAAAGAACACCUGUAUUGAUAUCAAGAUUUCAGUUUAUUACAGUAUCCCAAGAAUGGAAUUCCAUGUCCGAAUAUCGGUUACCAUACUCCUGUAUCAAAUCCAUCAUUCCAUCGACAUCCUUACCACAGGAUAUAUUUUUACAAAUAUCUGAAUUAGUCCGAACGUACAGAACACAUCCGAGUUUGGUGAAUUUAAGCAAGCCAUUCCAUACACGAUUUGUAGUAACCACACGACUAGACAAGCUGAUGAACUCGUUGGAAUCGCAUGUUAUUCUUGGAGCUAAUCAAGCACAGACUACUAUGUUUUUAGAAAAAGUCAGGGAUUUAGUCGAACGAGGGUUUUCUCUUGAACAUACAGGUUCAAAGUCGACUAAUGCUUUGGAGUAGAUACUUGGCUCGACUAUGGGGAAUGUGUAAUUUAGCGAUCAAUAGUAAUAAUUAAUAUUUCAAAUACCUGAAAACUGAUACACCGUAGCCCUGAGCAAGCAUUAUUACUAAGCUUAGGUAUCAAGAUGCAUAAUAAACAGCCAGUCUCGUGUUUGGUGUC